GCCGCACAUCAAGUAUACUCACACACCAUCAUACGAUAAACGAUUCUUUCUCUUUCUUUCUCUCUCACACUUGGAUAUUCUAUUUUUUUUGGCUCUCCAAUUUGUAUAUUAAUCUACUUUUAGGUAUAUAUAAUACAACUUAACCAUGUCAUUAAGCUGGGACACCAUAACAUCGGCCAUAGUCACACUAGUUACGGUGUCUGUUGGUUUUUUCAUCACCCAAAUCGCACACGCCUAUCUAUGGGACGGCAAGAACGAGAACGGUACAUCCAAAUCACCAUGGGCACCGAGUCCUUCGAAUUUGCCGUUCUACUGGAACGGAUACAAAGCUUUCCGUCUGCAUAGCUAUCUCGCCCUGACGGAUUGGUCAAAACAAUUACAAACUAGCAUAUAUACUGUUAAAUUGAUCCAAAAGCGUGUGAUUGUGUUGAGCCAUGCUGACGUGGUGCGCAAGGCCUUGGUGGAGUUGGAACAGUCCAAUUCGUCUCGUUCUAUUACAACAGAUGCGAUCGAAACAGUGAUGGGUGAUCAAGGAAAAACGGUGUUUACGGCUCAAUUUUCGGCGUAUUGGGGACGCCUUCGCCGAGCUAUCAACAGAGUCAUGCGUCAUGUGGUUGUGGAAGACAAGGGCUUGAGCACAUUAGUGCAAGAAGAAGGCAAGGUCGAUCCGGAAUUGUUACGGGAAAGAAUCAACCGAAUGGCCAUGGAGGCAGUAAUUGAGAUGGUCAUGGGCAAGCAAUCCGAGAUGCCAGCAGAAUGGGUGGACGCAUUGAUGCAAGUAUGCAAGGAAACUGAGCAACUCCAGUCAAGCCGAUUUUAUUAUCGCUACGGUGCAUUGGUCCCGAUCAUUCGUACGCUGGGAGUCGUGUUGGGUGGCCAUCAACCCGUCGUUCAGCUCCGAAAUAGCGCUCUGGACAUUCUGCUCCGAAUGCAACAAGGCAAUGUUCCUGAAAGCUUAAAGCAUGUCGAACCUUCAAAAAAUGAUCCUACACCAGAGCCCAUUGCACCCGAUGAGAUUUUGACGAACUCGCUGCACCUUAUCAUGCACGGAUACCGGUUCCUUGCCUCCUCUCUGUUCACGCUCCUGCAGCGUCUGGCCAGUCAAUCUUAUGAUAUCCAGGCACAUGUUGCUGCAUCGCCAGCAUUUGCGACAAGCUUUGUCGCCGAAACGAUGCGCUAUACACCGCCUAUGCGAUUGUACACACAUACGGCACGAUCCGAUCAUGAUUUAGUAUGGAAUGGCAAGAGUUAUCGUGUGGAUGAAGGCACGCCCUUGGUGGUGAAUCUCGAUAUGAUCCAUUUCGACCCGCAAUACUAUUCCAAUCCCUACAAGUUUGAUCCUGAACGGUUUUUGGUAACCACUUCUGAGACAACAACAACAACAAAAGGUGUGUUAUCGCUGCCGUCCAUUUUGGAUGACCGUGGUGAUAAUGACGAGGAAGGCGCAAAAAAGAAUAAGAAACAAGAAAAGUCGUCUGUUCGGGACCAUCUGGCGUUUGGUGUCGGAAGGAGAGCCUGUCUUGGAAGCCGUGCAAGUCAACGGGUGAUGGUGGCAAUGCUGUCGCAAAUCGUCAAGAAAUACAAAUUGAGGGGUGGCGAUCCUGAUUCUGUGGUCGAUCAUGCUAGCGGAAUUUGGUCUUGGACAGGCCGGACCGACACGAAAGGGGCGACGAUCGAGUUUAUCCGCAGAGGAGUGUAGCAUUUGCAUAUACAAUAGCAGUACAUAGUAGUGUAUUGGUAGUAGCUAUUCGGUUUAUAUUAUACGCACAGUAUUAAUGGCUCACUCCUAAUGAAAUCACCCGGUAAUGGAAAGCAACUUUUUUUUUCGUUCAACAUGUAAUUUAUAGUAAGAGUAAGAAUAUAGAAAAGGGGAGAUGCUGCAUUCUGAUGGCAAGGGUGGCUGUUGUUUUCUCCGUCCAUAUAUUCAAUUGUAUAAUUAGUCAGUAUUGAUACCCCUCUCACAUAUACACC